UUUUGUAUUCGCUUCGGCAUCACAUACCUACUGACAGAAGGAGUUGUUUGAGUUGAUCUCCUACUAUUAAACACACUGGGGCAGCCAGCUUUUGCAGGAACAGAGCUUGAAUUUCUCAUGUGUUUUCGUCUGCUGAGGGCUGUAGGCUGCACCCAAAUUCUUUGCCUGUGCUUUGUUAUCCCUGUAUGACUGCCAAAAGUGUGUAAUGCUGAAACUAAACGCUGCUGCUUGGUCGGUGGAUGUGUUGAUUUUCCUCAACAUUUCCAGUAGUUUCACAAAACUUUUUAACAGCUGUCAGAUAGUCAUCAUUAUUUGUCAUGUUGGGGGCAAGUCCAGUUUCUAGGUCAACCGUGACUUCAUUGAGACUUGUUUUGACUGUCUCAAUUGUCUGAUUCUUGUCUUCACAACUACUGGGUAUUUCAGUCUCCUUCAUGGUUGUUUUCUGCCUUUUCUGUUGGAACAGGUCAUCAUCCAGCAUGGCUGAUUCUUUGAAAGAAUGUCGUAUGUCUUCAUUAUGCCACUGAAUAUCAACAGAGAGGGACUGCAAGUACUCUUCAUCUGACUUUUGGUGAAGACUGCUAUAGAAGCUAAUGGGUUGGCAAUCUUUUUACAAGAGCUACGCCUGCAAGGAGCUGAUGGGGAUCAACAGCAACGAGGAGUGGAGAACGUGAAGGAUGAGAAGUUGGCUGUUGUGAAGGACAAAGCAGCAGCAUUGGGGUUGAGGCGAUCGAAUGGCUACGAAAGGAGACGACUGUUACUUCUAUUAUAAUACUGAAUGUCUGAAGGGUGACCAAUGCCCUUUCUGUCACAGUCAAGCUGCACUCGGUAACAACACUGUCUGUGCGUUGUGGCUACAAGGGUCGUGCUUUUGAUCAGCAUGUCCGUUCAGACAUAUGCAUAUCACUGUGAAUGCCGUUGAAGAGUGAGUUGUUGUGUUGCUUUGAGAUUCAACCGAGUGGCUGCCUCAAGCCCAACUGUCCUUUCAAGCAUUUCAAGCCAAGAAAUGUGAUCACACUGGGAACGAGCUCAAUGCCGGUGAUGUCAACGACACAGCCAGUUGUUGCUGUCAGACCGUCUGUUUGUGCUUCUACCAACUUGGUUCAAGCACAGGACACGGAGAUGCCAAAUUUCCUUGGAGUUGUAAAGGAAGUGAUGACGUCUCUAUCAGCCCAGUCAGACAACAAAGGAACAUCAAAUUUGACUGUUAGUGGGCGGAUAGUCACACUAAGAAAACCGAUAGGACAUGUGAAGAAGAUUGCAUAUAUUUGGAAGGUUGGAGCAAUGAAUGGCAUGUCAAAGUCGUGUCCAGCAAAAUCAUGCCACUAUUCAAGCUGCUAGUGCAACAGCUGUGACAUUUGUUGACCAGUUUACGAUGCUGUAUAAUUCAAUUCUAACCAGUUAUAGUCAUUACCGGUUGGAUA